GUUUAAUUUUUUUAGAGGGACAAUAAGAGAGACCGAAUCUCUGAUUGAGAUUUAUUCCCAACAACUUGGGGGAAGAUCUCGAUGUAGGGGAUACCGACUUUAGCUAGUAGCACCGGAAUUUAUUUAUCUUGUUUGAAACAAUGUUGAAGCGUUGAACAAAGAAGAUAACUUCUGAAACUGAAACUUUGAUUUCUAGUAAAUGGAGGGUGAAGAAGGAAUGAAGAAAAUUUUAGUGACCGGUGCUUCCGGUUACCUUGGCGGAAAGCUCUGUCACGCUCUCCACCGUCAAGGUUACUCCGUUAAGGUCCUCGUCAGACGCACCAGCGAUCUUUCCGCACUUCCUCCUACUUCCGAAAUCGUCUACGGCGACAUCACUGACUUUUCCUCACUUCUCUCCGCCUUGCCUGACUGCUCCGUCGUCUUCCACCUCGCCGCUGUUGUCGAGCCGUGGCUUCCCGAUCCAUCUAAAUUCACCUCCGUCAACGUUGAAGGUUUGAAGAAUAUGUUGAAGGCACUGAAGCAAACAAACACGGUGGAGAAACUCAUAUAUACGUCGUCGUUUUUCGCUCUCGGACCAACUGACGGAGCUGUUGCUGAUGAGAAUCAAGUUCAUCAUGAGAAAUUUUUCUGCACAGAAUAUGAGAAAUCAAAGGUUACCACCGAUAAAAUUGCACGUCAAGCUGCCUCCGAUGGUGUGCCGAUCACGAUUGUUUAUCCUGGGGUUAUUUAUGGACCUGGCAAAGUCACUGCAGGAAACGCUGUUGCAAAUAUGCUGGUAGAACGUUUUAAUGGUCGAUUACCUGGUUACGUUGGCAAUGGAAAGGAUAAAUUUUCGUUCAGUCAUGUUGAUGAUGUGGUAGCGGGGCACAUUGCAGCUAUGAAAAAGGGGAAAAUUGGGGAGAGGUAUCUAUUGACAGGUGAAAUUGCAUCGUUUAAUCAAGUUUUUGAUAUGGCUGCUGUGAUCACUAGUACUAGAAAACCAAUGUUUAGUAUCCCUUUGUGGGUGAUUGAAGCAUAUGGGUGGUUCUCAGUGUUGCUCUCUCGAAUCACUGGAAAGUUACCUAUCAUCAGUCCACCGACGGUGUAUUGUUUAAGACAUCAGUGGGAGUAUUCUUGCGAGAAAGCUAUAAUGGAGCUAGAUUAUAAACCCAGAAGCCUUAGAGAAGGGCUUGCCGAGGUACUACUCUGGUUGAAGAACUUGGGAUUAAUAAGACUUGUUGGGAUUGAAAAAGAUUAAAAAAAUCCAUUUGGUGUCUGAGUUCAUUGAGUUGCGGAUUGAGUUGCGGAAGACAUAUAGUAAUUUCUUUCUCUUUAA